AUGAUCGCCUUACACGCCGGUGUCAUGUUCUGUACGGAGAUUACGGACGCGCUGUGGAAGCGGUAUUUGUCCCAGCACCCGGAGAAUCUCAUCGACGAAGACUCGAGUCUGCUCACCUUUGCCAGAGCGCAGUCGAUUCGUCGCAAACGACACGACAGCAGCGGCAGUCAAGAAGGACAGAAUCACCAACGACUUGGUAGAAUACUCUCGCACAGGAGUACUGGUGGCAGCUUUCGCCUGAAUCGUACCGGAUCGACCAACAGAUCGCUUACUGAGUCGAAAACGAUGCCUCCCACUACUACUCCGCCAGCAACUACAGCCAGCCGUUCUAAGGUCAAACCUCGCCGUACCCGUCGUCACUAUAACGAGUCCAAGUACCGAGGUGACAGGAGCCGAACGGUGGUGACACAAUCCAGGAGGCCAGUAAACGAGAAGGCGUUCCGUUAG